AUGGCUUGGGGCAACUUCUCCAGGGUGACUGAAUUCAUCCUCCUGGGCCUCUCUGACACCAGGGAGUUGCAAGUCCUUCUUUUCACCAUCUUCUUCCUGGCCUACACCAUGGUUCUGCUGGGGAACCUUCUCAUCAUUGUGGCAGUCAGGACUGACCCCAAGCUCUCCUCACCCAUGUACUUCCUCCUCUGUAACCUGUCCUUCAUCGACAUCUGCUGCACCUCUGUCACCGCUCCCAGGAUGCUGGUGGACCUGCUUUCCCGGAGGAAGGCCAUUGUGUUUGAAGGCUGCAUAGCCCAGCUGUUCUUCCUGCACUUUGCUGGCUCCUCGGAGAUGUUCCUCCUCACCGUGAUGGCCUACGACCGCUACACGGCCAUCUGCAAGCCCCUGCACUACACGGCCAUCAUGAGCCGCUGGGCCUGCUGGGUGCUGGUCUGCUCCUGCUGGGCAGGGGGGUUCCUCCACUCCAUCACCCAGACUCUGCUCACCAUCCAGCUCCCCUUCUGCGGCCCCAACACGAUCGACAGCUACUUCUGCGACGUGCAGCCCGUCAUCCGCCUGGCCUGCGCCGACACCUACGUCACCGAGUGGCUCAUGGCCUCCAACAGUGGCCUCAUAUCCCUGGGCUGCUUCCUGGUGCUGGUCAGCUCCUACACGCUCAUCCUGGUCUCCCUCCGGGGCCGCCUCACCCGGGGGCACUGGAAGGCGCUCUCCACCUGCGGCUCGCACGUGGUGGUCGUCACCCUCUUCUUCGUGCCCUGCAUCUUCAUCUACCUGAGGCCCCUCUGCACCUUCCCCUUCGACAAGUACAUCUGUGUCAUCUACACCAUCUUCUCCCCAGUGAUGAACCCCCUCAUCUACACCCUGAGGAACAGAGAGGUGAAGGAAUCCAUGUGGAGGUCCAUGAAGAAAUUUUUCCCAAUAUCCAAUUCAAAUUGCUGCAAAGGGAGUGGGAGGCUUAAAUUUCUGUUUUAA